GGGCCGGCACCGGCCAUAUUGGGUGGCGGCGCAGAAGUCGCGGGCGCGCUAGACGCGGUGUGCGUUUGCCUGUUCGUCCCGUUUCCUCCACCAGCCCUCGUCGGCUGCGUGCUUGCUUGCCCCGUUACCGCCGCGGCACCUCCAGCCUCCACCCUCAGGCUCCUUCACUAUGGCGGCCAGCACGCCGUCCGGCGCGAUGCUGGGGUCGCGGAGCCGGACCCCGGUGACCCCGGGGGUCGCCACUGCGCUCAGCCCCACGCGCAUCUCCCGGCUGCAGGAGAAGGAGGAGCUGCGGCAGCUGAACGACCGCCUGGCCACCUACAUCGAGAAGGUGCGGAGCCUGGAGGCCGAGAACAGCGCUCUGCAGCUGCAGGUCAGCGAGCGGGAGGAGGGGCGCGGCCGGGAGGUCACCAGCCUGAAGACAGUCUACGAGGCCGAGCUGGCCGACGCCCGCCGGGCGCUGGACGACACGGCGCGGGGGCGGGCGAAGCUACAGAUCGAGCUGGGGAAGCUCCGCGCCGAGCACGAGGUGCUGCAGGGCAGCUAUGCAAAAAAGGAAUCUGAUCUUAAUGGAGCUCAAGUCAAACUUAGAGAGUUUGAAGUAGCUCUGAAUUCUAAAGAAGCUGCGCUGGCCACAGCCCUUGGUGAUAAGAGAAGCCUGGAGGGAGAAAUUGAGGAUUUAAAAGAUAAAAUUGUAGAGCUUGAAUUUUCUUUAGCUGCUGCCAAGGAACAGCUUGCAAAUGAAACUUUACUGAAGGUGGAUCUUGAAAACCGUUGUCAGAGUCUUACUGAGGAAUUGGAAUUCCGUAAAAAUGUGUAUGAGGAGGAAAUCAAUGAAACAAGAAGAAAACAUGAAACUCGCUUGGUUGAGGUUGAUUCUGGACGUCAAAUUGAAUAUGAAAAUAAACUGGCUCGAGCCCUUUGUGAAAUAAGAGAACAGCAUGAUGCACAAGUGAAGCUGUACAAAGAAGAGCUUGAACAGACUUACCAUGCCAAACUUGAGAACGCUAGACUGUCCUGCGAGAUGAGCAAUUCUGCAACCAACUCAGUAAGAGAAGAACUGAAUGAAAGUCGUAUACGUAUUGAAAAUCUCUCUUCCCAUCUCAACAGCCUUCAGAAAGAGUGUAGAGCAUGGCAAGACAGAGUGCAAGAGCUUGAGGACAGCUUGGCCAAGGAGCAGGAAAAGUGUCACAAAAUGCUCGCCCAGAAAGAGAAGGAAGUGGCAGAAAUGAGACGUCUGAUGCAGGAGCAGCUGAAUGACUAUGAACAACUCCUGGAUGUUAAACUGGCACUUGAUAUGGAAAUCAUUGCAUAUCGGAAAUUGCUGGAGGGUGAGGAGGAGAGGUUGAAACUUUCUCCAGGCUCAUCUUCCCAUGUGAAGGUUUCACGGGCUUCAUCAAGCCGUAGUGUGCGUACAACCAGAGGGAAGAGGAAGAGGAUUGAUGUGGAGGAAUCUGAAGCUGGCAGUAGUGUUAGCAUUUCCCACUCAGCUUCUGCCACUGGAAAUGUCUCUAUUGAGGCAAUAGAUGUUGAUGGAAAAUUCAUCCGCUUGAAGAACACCUCUAAACAGGAUCAACCUAUGGGAGGCUGGGAGAUGAUCCGAAAAAUAGGGGACAUGUCUGCUAGUUACAGAUAUAGCUUGAGAUAUAUACUAAAGGCUGGCCGAACUGUUACAAUCUGGGCUGCAGAUGCUGGAGUACCUUCUGCCCCUCCCACUGACCUCGUCUGGAAAAACCAGAAAUCUUGGGGCACGGGUAGAGAUGUGAAAGUUGUGCUGAAAAAUUCCCAGGGAGAGGAGGUUGCUCAGAGAAGCACUGUCUUUAAAACAACUGUACAUGAAGGGGAAGAGGGGGAAGAGGAGGAAGUUGAGGAAGAAACAGCUGAAGUUAUGGAGGAAGAAGGCGACCUUGACCACCAGCAGGCCCACCCAAGGACUUCUAACAGAAAAUGUGUGGUGAUGUAAACUUCCAUGUCAGCCAGGUUCCUCAAAUCAUGGUAAUCCUUGACUGCAGAACAGAGCCUUCUUAGAAGCACAAUGUAUUUUUCUAUUUUCUAUAUGUGAAUUUUUGAGCUGUGAGCCUGGUGGCCUUAACUUCCUUUGCCACUGAAAAGGAAGUUUUGUAAAAGAAGUAUCUAAUUUUCUCACAGGAUGUGAAUUGUUGACACGGAACAACAUACUGUUUGAAAAAAUAAUGUUCCUGUUCUCCAGAUUUAUAUGCUAGGCUCUCUUUCGUAUUGAAACUUUGCUGGAAUAGAAAUAUUCCACUGUUUUGGGGAUCAAUUUUCUUAGAUUACAGCACUCUAUACUAGCCAGUUGCUGUUGACCUCUUUAUAUUUAGGUGCUGUUAGACAAGGGGAAUGCAUUUUUGAUACUAUGAAAUCUUUUAUAGUGGAGACUUUUUUUUCCUACAGUGUAAUCAAGGCUAUAAAUUUUUUUUAAUAGAACAGGUUUGGUUUUAAAAAAAAAAAAGAAACAAAAACAAAACAACCCCCCCCACCAAACAGCAAAACCAAAUGAAAACAAAAACACACACAAAAAGAACAUAGCCCAGCUGAUGAUGUAAGCACUCAGGAUGAAGGAUGCAGUAGAAGUUGUAUUUUGGUACUCAUUUCCUUCACUUAAAUUUCUUAUGCUGGAGUAGCAUUAUGUUACACGUGUGAGUUGUUAAGAUAGUGUAACCAACUUAAAUUUUUUUAUGUGAUUUUUUUUUAAAAAAUAUGUUUUAAUAUGGAUUGCCUUGCUUGUUUACAAUUUGUAGGAACAAAAUCAAGUCUUUUAGAGGUCUAGUCUACAUUUGUAUGGAAAACAACUGUAACUUUGUCAAUGUGGAAAGUUCUUCUGUCCUUUCUGCAUUAAUCUAAUGUCUGAAAAAGCUUUGAAUAAAACCUCUUAAGAUGUUAUCAAGUAAA